CUGUCUCGCCAGGCCUUCCCCCACAGUAACACCCUGUCCUGGGAGGAUCGCAACAUGUACGAGGUCCAGCUGCGGGGAGAUACGCUGGGCAGCAGCAACUACUCCCACAAGAUACGGCCAGCUGAACAGGUUCUCGUCAACGUCAGGUACAACCUACUCUCCAUCAACACGCUGGACAUGAGGACUCAAACGUUUUCAACGUCCGGGUGGUUGACAGUUAAAUGGGAGGACCGCCGCCUAGCCUGGACCAGGGAGAACUAUGGGAACCUCAGCUACAUGUUUGAUACGGAGGACGUUCUGUGGAGACCGGAACUCAUCAUCGACAACUCUAUCAGCAACAUUGGCGUCAUCAAAGACAACGCCCUGUUGCUGAGGGUGCGUUACGACGGCGAAGUGGUAUGGGAACCUCCUGGUAUACACUCAGUCCACUGUGAAAUGGACACUACAUACUACCCAUUUGAUGGUCAAAAGUGUGCCCUGAAUGUUGCUAGCUGGGCUUACAACAUCAACGAAGUCAACCUCACCCAUCUCUCCACGUCAGUCAACCUUAAGGAUUACGUGCUCAACGGCGAGUGGUCUCUCCUGAAAACAACUCUCAUCCGGUCGGAGCUGGUGGAGGAGGAGGAGACCUUUUCAGAGCUGCAGUUCAUCUUCCAUGUCCACCGCCGCCCCUUCUACUACGUCAUCAACAUCAUGUUUCCCAUUGGUCUCACCUCCGCGCUCAGCUCCAUUGUCUUCAUCCUGCCCUUCGAGUCUGGUGAGAAGGUGAGCUACUCCCUCACCGUGCUGCUGUCUUACGCUGUGCUCAUGACCAUCGUUGCCGGCAACAUCCCACCCACCUCCAUCAGGAUCUCGGUACUGGGUAUCUAUUUGGCCUUGAUCCUUUUCGUUGGGUGCACAUCCGUGAUCCUGGCCGUCAUAAACCUCUACAUCUACCACCAGAAAGAUGUUCGACCUAUCCACCUAUGCUAAAGAGAUUUGUACGAUGUCUUCAAAGACAGUCCAAAGGCAGCAGUGGCGUAAAGCCCCGUAGAAAGUACCAGCCAACAGAAGAUUGUUCCGGUGGACACACCACAGGCGGCGUGGGAAGACUCGAAGGCAGACGACAAGAAUUGUUCAGACGGGUACACUUGGCGUGAUGUGGCAAUGAUGCUGGACAGCUUUCUGUUCAAACUGUACGUCGUGUUUGUAGUUGUGACAACACUCUGCUUCUUUGUCGCACUGUCCGUAGGAGGGUAUCUCGUCGAUCCGACAUUUGGCUGAAUAUAUAGAAGCUUUCUCCUCUCCUGAAUGCAAUGUAACCCAACAUAACCAAGUAAUCGCGUAUGGGUUAAA